AUGGAUACCAAUAUAUCAGACGUUAAUGCAAACGUUACUUUAGACCAAGUGAUUGAUUACUUCAAUUUGAAUAUUUCUGAAGUGAACCAAAGUGAAGUGGCACAAAUACAUUUGUUUGAUCUGUAUGAAGCUUACAGAACCAUUGAAAGAGAACAAUUAAUGGUGUACAAAUCUGUUGCAUAUGUAAUAGGGACACUCAUUAUUUUGAGUAAUUUAACAGUUGUUAUAUCCAGUGGCCUUAUUCUUAGAAAGGGUCAGCAGCCUAAAAGCACUUAUCUUUUGCUUGGGAAUGUUUCUCUGGCGGACACAAUCAUCGGCAUUGGACUUAUUUUCGGUGUCACAGUGGACAAUUCAGCCAGUUCUAACCGCUUAUGUAUAUUUCAAAUGGGUAUGCUAGUUUGUCCAGCGAUGGUCUCCAUUUUUAGCGUCGGCUUAAUCGCUGUAGACCGAUACAUCUACAUUCUACACGGACUAUACUAUCAGCGGUGGUUCAACACCACCAGAGUAAGAAUAGGCAUAUUGAUCAUAUGGAUGAUUGGAAUAACACUUGGAUUCAUGCCAGCGACUGGAUGGGUUAACACGGAACUGAUCUCCACUCGCUGUUACUACGUCGCUUUAUUUCCUGGAUCCUUAAUACUCCUCAAUUCCUUCCUUAGCAUCGUACCUAUCGCAUUAGUAGCUGUCCUAUACACCAAAAUCCUUGUUGAAGCCUUAAAAACCGUAAGAACUUUGAAUACUGGUGUUAAAAAUACGAAAACAAGUACACCGACUCCAGAUAAUUCACAAUUAAGAAUGUACCGUGGCUCUAAAAAUGACUCAGAAUCAGUGAAAAUUCCCGGAGUAACUUGUUCCCCUCAAUUACCUAGAAGUUCGUCAUUUCAUAUUAGGAAACCUGAAGGUAAAAGUGUUAUCAAGCCGGCGUCAUCUUUUCAAUUUAGCAGUUCCAACGAUCUCAUUGAAAAGGAAGUUGAUACACGAAACACCACCAAUAUAAUUAUGGACAGUAAACACAAAACUUCUUGUGGUUCUGUGAUUAGUAUUUGUACUAUAGAAUCGAGCGUUUCCGACACUAAAAUAGCUGAUUUAAAAAAUUCUAAAUUCAGUUGUAGCGUCAAAAAGAUUUGCAAUAUUAAUAAAGUUAUCCGUAUAUUUAUAUCAAUGUUGCCAGCGAUGGGAUGGACUGGUCGCAGCUUCAGAAACUUCAGAUGCUGGUACAUAGCAGUCUUUCCUUCCGCACUUCUACUCAUUCUAUCUAUCGUUGUCCUCUCUGUCAUUAUCAUGGUGUGCCUCUUAUAUAUCCUCAUCCUACGUAGAGCUGUCAAGACUGCUGAUAAAAUUAAAGAGUUCAAAGAGAACAGUUACACCAAUAAAGGAUUUACCGAUGAUAAUUCUUCAUCAACGGUCACUUCUAUUUCUGAAAACUCUGAUAAUAUAAAGAUGAAAAAGAUGGAAAAAGAAACACAAAGAAGUAACUGUAGUACCAUUGUCGAAAGUAAAAAGUCUGGAUGCUGUUGGGUGAAAUCAGCUAACCAUCUGAGCAAAUUGAAAGCGGUGAAAACUGUACUCAUAGUCACUUUAUGUUUUUUGGUGUAUAAGAUUACCGAGUUUGAAUACAGACGAGCAUUUGAUGGUUUGAAAAUGGCUCGGUUGCUGAUAUGUGUGGUAGUCUGUUUGAUCUCCGCCGCCCUCGGAGAUCGUCAUGACAAAUAUGAGGGACACCAGUUGUACCGUGUCUCUGGUACCCAAGAACAAAUCACUGAAUUAGAAGGCCAUUUAGAUCUACUAUCGCUAACACCAGCAGUCCGCUCUACUUCUGGCAAACUGGAAGCUCUACUAAGACUCUCUCCGGAAGAAAAAUCACAAUGGCUUGAAUAUUUCCAAAAUAAUGGCAUGCCCUACAAAAAGGUUGCUGACAACUUGGCUGCAAUUCUGCGUCAAGAAGAAACUGACAUUAAGAGAGCCCGAUCCCAGCGAAGCAGAAGCAUAAAAUCGGCACCAUGGGAGGAUUACUACAGGUUUGACGAGAUUAAUGAGUACUUAGACGAGCUAGGUGUUUUAUAUCCGGACCUUGUAACCGUCAUCAACGCAGAUCUCAGUUACGAAUACCGACAGAUUAAAUACGUGAAGAUCUCCACGACCCGAUUCGAGGACCUUAAGAAGCCUGUAAUUGUUAUCGAUGCUAUGGUCCACGCCAGAGAAUGGGUCACUACCCCUGUCGCCUUGUAUAUCAUUAACCAGCUUGUCGUAGAUAUCGUGGACCGACAAUUGACUGAAAGCUUCGAUUGGGUUAUCAUUCCUCUUGCAAACCCCGAUGGAUACGAAUACAGUAUGGUUCAGGACCGUAUGUGGCGGAAAACUCGCUCGCGGAGUCACCCAUUAUCUGAUGAAUGUCCUGGAGUGGAUGGGAAUCGCAACUUUGAUCAUUACUUUGGUACCACGGCAUCUAGUAGUAAUCCUUGCUCAAUCAUAUACGAGGGACCUUCUCCUUUCUCCGAGUCAGAGAUCAGAGUGAUCAGGAAUGUAGUGCUUGCUAAUCUCAAAAGAACUGCUCUUUACAUCUCUCUUCACAGCUAUGGAAAUAUGUUCUUGUAUGCCUGGGGUAACAAUGGUACUUUACCUUCUAAUGGUAUAGCCCUCCACCUUACUGGUAUCCAAAUGGCUACUGCUAUUGAUGCACUAGCAAGGCCAGAAGCCCCUCGAUAUCUUGUGGGCAACGCCGCCCAAGUCCUCUACUACACUACAGGCACGUCAAGAGACUGGACCCGGUCUGUUGGUAUACCUCUAACUUAUACUCUGGAGCUGCCCGGCUACGAUUACGGUUUUCUUGUUCCUCCUACGUACAUCAAACAAAUCGUCACUGAAACCUGGGCUGGUAUCGCCGCAGGAGCUAAAUAUAUUCUCCGCAAUUAUUAA